AACGUGGCUAAAAUUUAUUGGAGAGUGUAAAAGUGGGUGUAAAUUUUAAGCUCUUGGUAGUUGACUUGACUUGACUGAUGACCCCAUAAAGUCUCCUUGGCUCUGUGCUACACUACUACCACUACUGCUAGGUUUUAGCUAUUCUUCCCCAAUUUCCAAAUUGCCAUGGCUGCCACUACAACUCUUUCCAAACCCUUCUCUUCAUCUUCUUCGUCUUCUUCCUACCAACCCUCCGACGACUAUAGGUACGAUGUGUUCCUGAGUUUCAGAGGCGAAGACACUAGCAUGAGCUUCACCGAUCACCUCUACUACGCUUUGACAAAGGCUGGAUUUCGCACCUUCAUAGACAAUUUCCGAAGAACAGAAGAUUAUUCUUCCGAGAUUUUCCCAAUAAUACAAGAGUUCAGAAUAUUCCUCAUCGUCUUGUCCAAAAACUACGCGUCUUCCACGGGGUGUUUGGAGGAGCUCGUGGAGAUCUUGCAGUGCUGUAGAAGGUCAAAUCAGAUGGUUGUCCCUAUAUUCUAUCAUGUUAGUUCCUCCGAUGUGCGCAACCAGUUUGAAGAAGAGUUUGGGGAACAUGGAAAGCGUUACUUUUUAAAUGGAGACAAGGUAUCCAUCUGGAGGGGAGCUCUCACUGAAAUUGCUAAUAUUUCCGGGUUGAAUCUGGAGACAAGGUAUGAAGCUGAGUUUAUUCGGAAUAUCAUUCAUUAUAUUUCACCUAAAAUCUUCUCCAAACCCUUCUCUUCCCCUUCAUCUUCAUCUUCUUCUCCCUACCAAUCCCCCGAUGACUAUGAGUACGAUGUCUUCCUGAGUUUCAGAGGCGAAGACACUCGCAAGAACUUCACCGAUCACCUCUACUACGCUUUGACAGAGGCUGGAUUCCACACCUUCAGAGACGACGAAGAGAUCCGAAAAGGAGAAGAUCUUUCUUCCGAGAUUUUACAAGCAAUACGAAGGUCCAGAAUAUCCCUCAUCGUCUUCUCCAAAAACUACCCGUCUUCCGGGUGGUGUUUGGAGGAGCUCGUAGAGAUCAUGGAGUGCAAAAGAAGGCUGAAGCAGAGAGUUUUCCCUAUAUUCUAUGAUGUUGAUCCCUCCGAUGUGCGCAAGCAGAGUGGUAGUUAUGAAGAAGCGUUUGUGGAACAUGAAAAGCGUUACUUGUUGGAUAAAGACAAGGUAUUCAGGUGGAGGGGAGCUCUCACUCAAAUUGCUAGUUUGUCCGGGUGGCAUCUCCAGGACGGGUAAAUGUCUAAUAUUAAUAUUAACCCAACUCCCUAGCUUUUUUUUCUUUUUUUUUGAGAGGAACUUCCUAACUUAGUAACGAUUCAAUCAAAAUGCGUCUUCUUAUGAACAAACAAAACAAAAGUCAAUUUAAAUAAGUGGUGGUAAACAUAAUAAUAAUAUUAUUAUUAUAAUUUAUAAGGACUAACGUUAAUU